CUAAAAAACUUUCAGCAAAAAAACCAGCAACACCGAUUAUUCUUCCUCUAGUUCUCUCCACAAAAUGCAGUAGAAACAUCCAAAACAAUGCAAAAAUAAAGUAAAAUUUUCUCCUUUUUCUUCCUCGGAAAUAAAAACAGACACUUUGACGCUGGGCAGCAUAGAAUUUUCUUCGUAAUUUUAGUUUCCAAGUGUAAAUCUCCCUCUACUUGAUAAGAAAUUUCUGGUUUCCAAACAUGGAGAAUCGAGAGGUUUCUUGUGAUGAUGAUGAGCUGCCAUUGAAUCACAUAGUAGAUGAGGAAGAUUUUAGAAGCUGUUGCGGUGAUGAACAAGUAUCGUUAAAGGAAAGUGAUGAUAAUACAUCCAAAGUAGCUGAGGAGGAGGAGGAGAAAAGAGAUGAACUUGAUUAUGAGUUCUCUGUGAAGUUGUUCUUUAAAGGAGUUUCAGUAACCGAGAGAGGAGAUUCAAGUUCUGGUUGUUCAGGGAUUGGUGUUGUGUUGGAGAGGUUAGGAGAUUUUGAGUUGAUUCAGGUCCAGAAGAAGUUAAACAUUUAUGCUGAAGAGCUUGCAGUUAACUACUUAGCUUUAAUCGAUGGCCUUACCGUAGCUUUACAGAACAAUCUCCGCUCUGUAGUUGCUGUAACAGACUCGGAGUUGCUUUAUAAUCAGAUAAUUGGUAGUAAGGAGGAGAAGCUUGAGAUCCCUAUCUUGUUAGCUCUGAGAGAAAGGGUGUUGGAGAAAACAAGUGACCUUGAUGGGUUUGUUGUAAAGCUUGCUCCUUUAUGUGAUCUUGACCAAGCUCUAAGCCUUGCUCGAGUAGCGGUAGGAAUUUGUAAUCUUGAUGUUGUCGAUAAACAAGCUGAGAACUGCUCCAUCUGCUGUGAAGAGCGUCUCGCAGAGAUGAUGCUAACGCUGAAAUGCACUCACAAGUUCUGCUCUCAUUGCAUGAAAACAUACGUGGAAGGGAAAGUACAGUCUUCAGAAGUUCCCAUCAGGUGUCCUGAACUGCAAUGCAAGCAUUAUCUCUCCUCAGCAGAGUGCAAAACGUUUCUUCCUGUCUCAUCUUUCAGAUCAUUCCAGGAAGCAAUCAUGUGUGGUGCCAACAGUGGCAAUAUUUACUGUCCGUAUCCGAACUGCUCUUUUCUGUUAGACCCUCGUGAGUGUCUUUCACCAGGAAGGGCUAGCGCAAGCUCGUGUAGUCAGUCAGAGAGUAGCUCUUGUGUGAAGUGUCCGCUCUGUGAGAGGUUUGUGUGUGUGGACUGUGGUGUUCCUUGGCAUGAUUCAAUGAGCUGUGAAGAGUUUCAGAUUCUUCAUGUUGAUGAAAGAUAUCCAGAUGAUGUUACAUUGCAUCGCUUGGCUAGGUAUAAGAGGUGGAGACGGUGUCAGCAAUGCCGUGUAAUGAUUGAGCUUGCUCAAGACUGCAACCACAUGACUUGCCGGUGUGGACAUGAGUUUUGCUACUGUUGUGGAGCAGAGUACAGAGAAGGACAACAGAGUUGCACUUGUGCUUUUUGGGAUGAUAAAGAAGAAGAAGAUCAGGAAAACACAAUCCAAGGACUUGAGCAAUGGCCUUGGGACACAUUCACCUCAAUACCAGGUGUAAUGGAUGCUUACUCAGAGCAAGAAAGGUCUCAGCUAGCUCUGAUCCAACAGUUCUUAGCCGGUGGUGGGUUUAGUCUCAGUGAUCAACAUACUUCUUAUCAGUCGUCACGGCAGCCUCCAUGUAGAGAGUCAUCGUAUGUUGAAGCUGCUAUGAAAGAUCUUGACCAGCUACCUUGGCUUGAGAGGUUUGUGUCGGUUAUAAGUGAUGAUUACUAUGAAGAGUAUAUUAAUAGCCAGUGAAAGUGGGGAUAGAAUGAUGAUAGCUUUGAGAGGUAGGUCUAAAGAGAGUCUCUCGCUCUCCAAAAGAAAACAAACAUUUUGGAGUUUUAGAUUCUUGAUGAACUCCAAGAAAUGAAUUUGUAUGAAACUAUUAGCAAUUAAUUAUAUAGAGAAGAACUUGAUCA